ACCCCUAUUGCGAGUGUCGAUUAGCAGUAGAAUAGACAUUUUUCUAUUGAGUCGAUCAUAUUUUAUUUUGGUAUUGCGGAACUGAAUCGAUAAACAAUUGUACAAUUGUGAAUGGCUUACUGAAUUGCAAUCAGCUGUUUCGGUGUUUGUUUACAUUUUUGAUAUAUUUGGCAAAUAAAAUAAAAUACAAUUGUCCAAAACUUUUCAAUUUAACAAUUUAAAAAAGAAAAUACCACUAAUGGAUAGUGUCGACGUGUGGUUCAGUGAUAGUGAUGACGAGGAAAGUGAAAGAUUAGUAGAGUUAGCAAGAACGAGGAGGAUGUUGAGGGAUUCGUCUAAUCCUCUGGAAUUGGAGGAAAAUAUAUUUUUGAAAAAUUUUCGUCUUCCGAAGGCUGCAUUUACGCAUUUGCUCACACUAUUAGAUAGCAAACUGCAAGCUGGCGUUAGAAAAACAUCAGUUCCAAAUAUUUUAAAGUUGGCAGCGACUUUGAGGUUCUGUGCUCAGGGGUCGUAUCAGCUAAGUGUCGGGAACGAAAGUUGUAUUGGGCUUGGCCAAUCUACGGUGUCCAUAAUUUUGGCGGAAGUAUUCAAUGCUUUGGAGGAAUGCGUCUGCAGAGAUUGGAUAAAAAUGCAAUACAGUGAAGAGGAAAAACGAGAAGCAAAGUGUUAUUUCUUUGAGAGGAGCGGAAUACCCGGAGUAAUAGGCUGCAUAGACGGUACGCACAUCAAAAUUGUUUCCCCAAAAAAGGAGCAUCAGCAUUUGUAUUACAAUCGGAAGGGAUUUUUCAGCUUGAAUGCAAUGAUAGUUUGCGACAACGCCAUGCGAAUCCGCUAUAUCAACGCGAAGUACCCUGGAGCUACGCAUGAUGCUAAUGUUUUUAAUAUGUCUGCGUUGAAGCAACAAUUAGAAGAAGAGUAUCGUAGUGGCGAGCGAAAUAUGUUAUUAGGUGAUGGAGGGUAUGCCUUACAACCCUAUAUGCUUACGCCAUACCGAAACCCAGAGCCCGGAUCAGCAGAAUGUAUGUUCAACGGUAAACAUUCUCAAGGACGGAAUAUUGUGGAACGCACUAUUGGGGUGCUCAAAAAUCGUUUUAGGUGCUUGUUAGGCGCUCGAGCGCUUCACUAUGAACCCAAAAGAGCUACACAAAUAAUAAACGUCUGCGCAGCGCUUCAUAACAUUUGUAUUUUCUACAAUGCUCAAUUUCCCGAUGAAGAAAUGCUAAGCGACCGAGACUCGGACGACCGAGCUCAAGACAACACAGCUUUUGAAAAUCUCUCUGUGGCCAGUGAGGAAGCGAGGGCAAUUAGAAAUAACAUUUUACAACACAUGCAAUUCUAACGUUAUGGCUUUUUAUUAAUUUAUUCAGUUAAGUUCAGUUCGGUUAUAAAUCACAUAUUCAGCCUUUUUUAAUUCAUGUUCAGUACUUUUUAACCUUAUAUCUAAAUUCAUUAAUUAAUACCAAAAAAAAAAAAAAAAAAAAAAUAAAAAUGCAUGUUAUUCAUAAAAAUGUACAUAUAUGCUAUACAUAACACAAAAUAUCACUUCAGGUAUUUAUUCAUAACUAACUU